AUGAACAACGAAUCAGUGUCGCCAGCAGUGAUAAUAAAUCAGAGUGAUUUUGUUGAAAAACUAGAGCAAUACUAUUUAGAAAAGUCAAAGAAGAAACCUUACACUCGUGUCGAAAUAACCAAAAUGAUUAGUGAAAUAGUAACAGCAAAGAAUAAAACUCAAACUGAACAUCGACGAGAAUACCAUCUUUUAAAUAAAUACGACAUUCUAACCAUUGGAAGCAAAUCACAUUUGAUUCGGAAAAGUGACGAUAUACAAAACGUUGAAUACAUUGUGCCUUACGAAGAUUUAUUCGAAACUAUUUAUGACUAUCAUGUGAACAAGACAGGACACGGGGGAAGAACUAAAAUGGAAAAAGCUUUUCUCGAUAAAUUAAAUGUUCCUCGAUCAGCAAUUGAGAUAUUUUUGACAUGUUGCAAAACUUGCAAUGAAAUAAAAAGUUCAUCGAAAAAAAUUGUUGUCAAACCAAUUUUAUCAAGUGACUUUGCUGAGGGGGGGCAAAUUGAUUUAAUAGAUUUGCAGUCAUUGCCUUGUGGGGAAUUUUAUAUAGUUACACAAAGUGCAUAA